AUGAAUUGGGGCAAAUGCAAACCUUAUUUGUAUAUGGAUGAAAGCAUUCCAGUAAUCGUCCUCGGACCUAAUUGUAAAAGAGGCUUAACCAUUAGUUCUACAGUUUUUGUGGGCCUAUAUCGCUUAUGCAAUUUAUGGCUUCAUCUUAUUGAUUUUGCUAUUUUCAAGGGAGUUCGGAUUCUACAGACUAUCUUUAAGCGUAGUCUCCUAUGCUUCAACCUUAACAAACUACUUUCUGGCAGCCUUCAUGAAUCAAGGAGUUAGCAAUUAUAAUUAUCAAUAUUAUCAAUAACCAACUAAAUAUUGUGAAAUUUGUGACCAAAGAUAACAAAAAUAUACAGAACACUGUGACUCUUGCGGAGUCUGUAUCGAAGGUCAUGAUCAUCACUGUCCAUGGAUUGGCAAAUGUGUUGGCAGACACAAUAAGCGAUACUUUUAUGUCUUUAUAUUCAGUUUAUUUGUAUUCCAAAUUUCAAGUAUAUUGAUUUUCGCAAAUAUUUUAUGA